UCACAUUGAUCAAACAACAACAUGGCAGGAUCCUAGGAAGGCCAUGCUCUCCCAGAUGAAUGUUACAGCUCCCACUAGUCCUUCUGUGCAGCAGAACAUCAUGAACUCAGCAUCAGGCCCACUCCCCGAUGGAUGGGAACAAGCUAUGACCCAGGAUGGAGAAAUUUACUACAUAAACCAUAAGAACAAGACCACAUCUUGGCUAGACCCAAGGCUUGACCCACGCUUUGCUAUGAAUCAGCGAAUCAGCCAAAGUGCUCCAGUGAAACAGCCACCUCCUCUGGCUCCUCAGAGUCCCCAGGGUGGUGUGAUGGGUGGGAGUAGCUCCAAUCAGCAGCAACAGAUGAGACUUCAGCAGCUACAGAUGGAGAAAGAAAGGCUGAGACUGAAGCAUCAAGAACUGCUUCGGCAGGCAUUGCGGAAUAUCAAUCCCAGCACAGCAAAUUCUCCAAAACAUCAGGAAUUGGCUCUCCGUAGCCAGCUUCCAACAAUGGAACAAGACGGUGGAUCUCAAAACCCCGUGUCAUCUCCUGGAAUGUCUCAGGAACUGAGAACAAUGACUACAAAUAGUUCUGAUCCCUUUCUUAACAGUGGAACAUAUCACUCCAGAGAUGAAAGCACAGAUAGUGGACUUAGCAUGAGCAGUUACAGUGUACCCAGAACCCCAGAUGACUUCCUGAACAGUGUUGAUGAGAUGGAUACAGGUGACAGUAUCGGCCAAAGUAACAUACCAUCCCAUCAGAACCGUUUCCCAGACUACCUUGAAGCCAUUCCAGGGACAAAUGUGGACCUUGGGACACUGGAAGGAGAUGGGAUGAAUAUAGAAGGAGAAGAACUGAUGCCAAGUCUGCAAGAGGCUUUGAGCUCUGACAUCCUUAAUGACAUGGAAUCUGUCUUGGCAGCCACCAAGCUAGAUAAAGAGAGUUUUCUUACUUGGUUAUAGGGGCCUCAGGGAGACUGAAUUCUAAGUCUGUGAAGGAUCUAAGGAGAUUAGGACAUCUGUAUCUGAAGUUCAGAAAAAGCCAGUGUGGCACACUUUGGCUUAUGUUCAGAAAAAGUAAAUGAACAAAUAUUCAACAAGA